CCGGGCUUUGAGUGGACCGCGGGUGAGAUUCGGUUUCGUAAAAAGAAGACGCGCCAGCCAGCGUUGUCUUGGCUGUACAUCUUGGAAAGCAGAUUGCUUCAGGUCGAUUGUGGCACGCAAGGCGGGAAACUUGGUGGAACCGCAUUCAACGCCCCUUCCGCGAGUCCGCAACUUGCCCCUCGGGAAAAUCAAUUGGGUUUCUGUGGGUUUCUUUAUCUGAUGAUCUAA